UUCGGGUUUAUACACGACUGCGAACUUUCUAUUUUCUGUGAUUGCGUUGUGUGCAGGAACACCUUUUUUCAAGAAAAUAUUAGGUUCAGCAAUUUAAUAAAGGUGUGUGAUACCUUAGAUAAUAAUUUAUUGGAAAAGGUAAACAGCGGAAAUAAAGUUAAAUCAAAAUACGAACAUCUAAAGUGCACAGAGUAYUUAGGUUCAGCAUACUAAUUGAAAGAAGAAAUGGCUGAAGUUGAGAAAGUUUCAGCUACAGCAACGAGCCUUCCUGAGGCGGCUGGUGCCACAGAUAUACCUUUAUCCGAAAUAGGCGAGGCAACCGGCAAUAAUGUGUUGGAGUUCGGAACUUCGCCAACUCAAGAACCUUCAAGUAACUCCCAUCCUCAUGAUUCGGAAUAUGAUACAGCAUCAGAUCUAGAAGGUGGCGGUGAAGAGUACGAUGAUGAUGAGGAUGAUGACGAUUUAGAUGAUGAAAGUAUGACGGACGGAGAAAGCAUGACUGACGAUGAUGAUGACGACAAUGACGACGACGAAGAAGAUGGAAGACAAGGUAAUAUAAGUUUAGAGAAAGCAGAAAUAGAAGCACAAAAGAAAGUAGAUGAGGACCGUAGCAACCCGCAAUAUAUACCAAAGCGGGGAACAUUCUAUGAACAUGAUGAUCGUACUGCUGAAGUAGACGCUGAUAGAUCAAUAAAUUUGGAUGAAGUCGGAGAAAUGCAAGAAGGAGGUGUUGGUGGAUCGAAACCACCACAAUCGCCUACCAUAUCACAAGCAUCGAAAACAAUGAAAAAAUGGCAAGCUGCUUCUGCUGUAGAACGUUGGAGUCACGAUCGAUUUGAUGCUUCAGAGCAGGCUCCAAAGUCGCGAUCUGAAUUGGUUUCUGCAUACGGUUAUGAUAUUCGUACAGAAGAUGCGCCACCACGAGCACGUCGACGCCGUCGGUAUGGCCGUGGCCCUAGUAAAUAUUCUCGUAAUUGGGAAGAUGAAAGUGCUUACCUUAAAGCAAGUAAUAAAGAACGUAAGCCUCCGCGCGCCUCAGAUUUUCCAAGUUUGAAUGAACGAAGUGUUCAUAAAACAAGAAAAACACCAGUCACGCGUGAAGAAAAAGAAAAUAGAGCAGAUAAACGGUCUAGUGCAGAAAAGCAAGUUAGUACUUCACGACCUAUUUCGUUACAAGAUGAACGCCGCGACACCAAAGUUAGUAGUAGUAAAGGAAAAACUUUUAGUCAUCAAGCAAACCAGGGUGGUCGGCAAGCACCAAUGGAAUUUAAACAGAAGCAACGUAAUGCUCGUCAGAUUAACAGUKCAUAUAAAGACUCUCAAAAUAGCCGUAACGAUGGACAUUAUGAACGAGGGAAUAACCGGCAUCAAGCUAACUCGCAGGCAAAUUCUGGGAUAACAGAUUAUAAUCAGCAAAAAGCUGGCAAUGGCAAGACGCAAACACAUUCCAGGUACUCUCAAGCAGAGGGUACGUAUGGUACGGUACCCAACAGUGGUGGUGGCAACAACCAUCAAUCUUACCAACAGCAAAAGCAAAAAUCUCAAUUGCAACCGAAUCAGCAACAAUCCUCAACGGCAUCAAUACGCCAGCAGUCGCAACAAAACACAUCUAAUUUAUCUCAACGUCUGCAGCAAGUUCAGAAUCGCAAUGAUCCAAGUCACGUAGGCAGUGUUCAAAUGCAUGCUCUAGCUUCACAAAAUCAACUAGCUGGUCAACAAAAACAAUUAGCUGGUGCUAACGUUGUACUCAAUAACCAACAAGGUAAUCCACAAUCUCAAGCAAUACAACAGAUAUCGCAGGAACAACGAGGUCCACCAAAGCGAUAUUCGAGUCUUCGUCGUUCACAACAUGAAGCACAACAUAUAACAGAUCAAAUGCAGCAAAUGCAUAUACAACAACAGCAACCACCCAUUCUAAUGCAAGAUCAACACAUGAUGCAAGCCAAUAUUAUGCAGCUUUAUCAUCAAGAAAAUUUGCAAGCCAUGCAAGCUUUGCARGUUAAUCAAAAUCCCAGUCAACCACCGAAAUCCACUUCGGGAUAUGCUUCAGUACCAACGCCAACUCAAGGACCACCUUAUGCAAAUUCUGGGAGUAACGCGACUGCUCCGGGAUCAUUUUAUGUCGCUUCACCUGAUGUAUAUACUCCUAACGCUGCAGCUAGUCCACAAGCGCAACCUCCUGGUCAAUAUGCGCAACAGGCACCCCCAAACUACCUGCCACCAUCCUCAUCUACAACCCCGAACAAUCUCGCCUAUGCUGGAGGUCAGACAACGGUAACCCCGCCGCAAGUGGCUGGGGCUCCUCCAGCUUCAUUUGGGCCCACAUCUACCGGGCCACCCCCAACAGCGGCUACUGCUACGGGAGCUGCCACACCAAACGCCAAUUCAAACUUUUCAAAUUAUCAAAAUUACAAUACCGUUGGUGGAACCACAUAUUUCGUGCCACCUGCUCAGGCAACCACUCGUCCAGUGGUAUUACCUCAAAGACGUCCAACUAACGCUAUACCUAUAUUACCACCAUCAGAGAAAAAUAAGCAACGCCCCGUAGAUGCGAAGGAUGAGGCAAAAGCGCUUUCUACCAAUUCAGCAUYACAAGGUAAUGCACAAUCAUCGGCGCCCAUUGGUAGUGCAGAAAAUAUUGAUCAUAUCAUUGACAACAUGUUUGUCCAACGUCCGGCUUUCCAGCCACCACAGCCACCAGCUAAUCCAACUUGCAAAAGUUCCUCGCCAUCUUUAACUGCAGACAAUAGCGGUGGAGAUAACAGUAGUUGUGGUGGUAGUGGCCUGAUGAAUUCCUCACUUUCCGAUGAGAUGAAUAUUCCCGCAAACGGCGAAAAAUCCUCGAACAAUGCAGAGAAUGGUCAAUUGGAAAUGGCUGUUAACARCCCUAUGAUACUAACGAAAGAAUGAGUUUCAUUUGUUUGGUCCGCAUAAAUAUUAAUUAGAAAUAGCAAAAUUUCGCAAAACUAAAAGAAAUAAUAUAUGUAUAUCAUAUCCUAAUGUGAGUUAUGAUGAGAUUUUAAAUCACCGAGUGCAAAAUCAUCGAAAAUGCAUGGAGCUCUUCUUCGAAUCUAUCAUUGGGUUAUGUCAAAGAAUUUAUAAAGAUGCUUCUGUUUUAUUGCUUAACUCUUCAUUCUGUCAAAAGUUAAUACGUAUUUACAUAUACAUACAUAUAUGUAUACAUACAUGGAUUUUAAUAAAUUAACUGUAGUUUUAAAGAAUGUAGCAAAGAAUUACGUAAUCUGAAAAAAAUUUGUUAUAUGAAAUAUAAAUUGUAAUCUAUAAUUAUUGUAUCUAUAAUUAACUUUUUCUUCAGGAAAAUACAAACACUUUAUUUAUUCAACAAAUUUUUGCCGUUAUUAUGUUAAAAUUAUUAAAGAUGUGAGUAAUAAGUUUGAACGAAGUAUCGUGCAAAUUACAGUGUCCGUAUUUACUGUAAAAUUUUAUAUUAAGAAAAAUCAUAUAAAAUUAAAUAAACGAA